AUGGCCGCCAUGGUCCGGAAGCAGCCGCGCAAGGUUUCGCGGAGCGACGCGCACGGGUCCGGGCUGCGCGAGUGCUUCCUGACGCCCUACGGCUGCCCGAAAGGCGCCAAGAAGCUCCCGGCGUCGGACCUCAAGCAGCGCCGCGCCGAGCGCCGCGCGCGCGCCGAGCGCAUCGCCGCGGCGAGCGCCAGCGCGGCGGCCAAGCAGCGCAAGGCGUCGACGCCGGAGAAGCCCAAGCCGCGGCCGCACCGGCUGCCCCCGGCGUUCGCGCGCCUCAGCGACUCGGCGACGAAACGGCGCGCGGCCGCGGCGCCGAAGAACGGCGCGGCGAAGCGGCCGCCGAGCGCCAAGGGCCCGAAGCCGUCGCCGCGCGAGGCGCCGAAGAACGGCGCGGUGAAGCGGGCUUCCGGGAAGACGACGAACGGCAAGGCGCCGCCGGCGUCGACCGAGGGCCGGCGCCGCGCGGCCGCGAAGCCCCGGCGCGCCGAGGCGCCGGCCCUCGAGUUCGGCGAGUUCGCGUCGGCCCUGCGGUGGAUCGCCACGGCGAGCGAGCUCGAGCUCCGCGACCUCUUCGACCACAAGCCGGAGCUCCGGCGAUCCGUCGACGUGCUCUGGCGCGAAUGCAAGGCGUCGACGCGCGAGGGGCCCGGCUUCGACGCCUCGGCGCUCGAGAUGGCCGACGACCUCCUGGGCGGCGGCUUCCACGGCGACGAGGCCGGCGACGCCGCCGUCUACCUCGGCGGCGCGGGCCGCGACGACGCGACGCAGGACACGCAGCAGAGCUUCGGCGACGAGGCCGGGCUCGACGACAGCGGCGGCGAGCUCUUCGAGCCGCGCGACGACGAUCCGCGGGACGCCGCCGCCCGCGACGACGACGACGACGACUUCCGCGCGUCCGCGGCGGCGGACGCGCUGCUCGACGACGACGGCCUCGAGGACGCGACGCGCGACCUCAUCGCGCAGGGCACGGAGCUCCUGGACUCGACGCGCGACCUCCUCGAGGAGCCCGCGCGGGACGGCGGCUUCGACGACACCUUCGGCGGCGGCGGCGCCUUCGACGACGGCGUCCUCGACGGCCGCGGCGCGCUCGACGACCUCGGCGACCUCGGCGGCUCGGCCGGCGGCGCCGACGACGACCUCGACGACCCCUUCCUGUCGCCCGAGGCCGACGAGGAGGAGGACGACCUCGACGACCUCCUCCGCAAGGUCAACGCCUGA